GCAUGAUGCAAAAGCAUUCACGUCGCAAAGGACGAUAGUGUUUUGUAAAAAAACUAUCGCUACAUGCGUCGAAAACAGUCGUUUCAAAUCGUGAAAUAUUCACUUCUGAUUGGUAAACUUCACUACGGGGCAAGAGCACAAUUUGCGUGAGAAAAUUCAUAAGAGUUUUGACUGUUUAACCGACUUAACCUCGCUAGAAGAACCUUUUGUACACAACUACAGGAUAAUUUGAAGACAAUUUGAAAAGCUAUUAGUUAUAAAUGGAUAAUCUUGGAAUUGAGACUGAAAACGGAGCCGAAGGAUCAAAAUCAGUAGGAACUUUUAGUACUGGGGGUAGUUCUACAACAGGAAAGAAUAGCCAUCAGUCCAGCUAUGAUGCCGAGGCGAUGGGCGAAGAUGAGUUUGAUAGCAAAGAAGAUACGAAGUUGCUGCAAGAAAGUGAAGACGAAGGAGACGAUGUCUUUACAGGUGAUGAAAACAAGGGAAAUACAUCAAGUCUACAAGCAGGUUGGAACAUUUCCAACUUAAUACAAGGUACAGGCACACUGGGAAUACCGUAUGCAAUAAGUCAAGGUGGAUAUGCUUCCGUAAUUGCCAUGGUAUUUGUUGCUGUAUUGACAAACUAUACAGGAAAGUUGAUCGUUGAAUGCUUGUAUGUGAAACAAAAAGGUGUUAAGGUCAGAGUACGUCAAGGAUACGCAGAUCUUGGUGAACAUUGGUGGCCAAAUCGUGGAAAAACUAUCGUAGGUUGUGCUCAGAUCCUUCAUUUAUUCUCGGCACUAGUCCUCUAUCUAUUGCUCAUUUCUGAUUUUCUUAACGAUAUUUGGCCGCAUCCGGUGUUAAGGCCAUCAUGCUGGACGGCCAUCGCAGGUAUCCUUGUGCUCCCAAGUGUUUUCAUCAACGACUUGUCACGUAUAUCUUGGUUGAGUAUGUUUAGCGUGUUCGCUUUACUUUUCGUGUUUACAUCAACAAUCGGCUACAGCAUAUCGCAAUACCAGAUUUGGGACUUGAAUGCUCUUCCAUUUUUCAAUCCGGAAGGUUUCCCCGUCGCAUGGUCCAUAAUUCUUUUCAGCUUCGUAUCCCAUCCAUAUUUACCUUCCGUAGAGGAGAAAAUGAAAUCGCCCGAACGCUUUCCUCUAGUUAUGAACAUUUGUUACGCCAUCGCAAUGAUUUUCAAAGUCGCGUUCGGUGUUUUAGCCGUCUUCACUUUCAAAACAGAGACAAUGCAAGAAGUCUCGGAAAAUCUACCCUACGGUCCUCUGAAGUCCGCCAUUGAUACGUUCCUUGGUUUUAACGGGAUGUUCUCUUACGCUUUACCGUCGUUUGCGUUAAUCAACAUUAUCGACAAGUGUAAUCUUUCAAUCAUACCUCCAUGUUAUUCCACAGAAGAUAACAACAACAACAAACAACUGUGUGUUAAUUCAAGUCUUCGGGUUCUACUCGUGAUGUUAUCGGUGAUCGUCGCCAUCAUGGUGCCAGAGUUCUCUCUCCUCAUGGCGGUCGUCGGUAGCGUGUCAGCGGUUGCACUAGUGCUAGUCUUCCCCGCUUUAUUCCACAUGAAUUUAAUGAAGAACGAUAUCACAAGUAUCGGAUAUGCAAUAGAUGCUUCAAUUAUAGUAAUUGGUUUCUUCACCACGACGUUUGGUCUCUUUUCUCAAUCAAGAAAUUGAUCGACGUUUAUCAUUUGGAUUUUUAACUUAAACUUUCAACUUAAUAUGGAAAAUUUGACGUAACAAACAUAUCUUUACGCUUCGUGGAUCACCAUGCUAACGUUAUUUAGCAGUAGAAAAACACUUAUUCGCUACUUUACUUAUCGUCAACAAAAAACUUUUAGUCCUUUUAAUUCAUACUAAGUUCGUGGAAUAAGCAGUGUAUGCAAUAACAAAAGUUAUGUACAAAUAUAACGUUAACAAAACAGUGAAAAUGACUUUGACUACGAAAAUAUAAAUGGUACACAAAUAGUA